GAUAAAUAUUCAAAAGACAAGAACUUAACAAAUUUAAUACACUUGAGAAAAUUGAUAUUAUUAUCUAGGGUUUAUCUUUUUCUACAAGAGUAACGUAAGAAGUAAAAAGGCGGUCGAAAAUCGAAAGAUAUGGGAAGAGCACCGUGUUGUGAUAGAGAUGGUCUUAAGAAAGGUCCUUGGUUACCUGAGGAAGAUCUAAAGCUUAUUGAUUAUAUUCAGAAGAAUGGUCCGGGAAAUUGGAGAACCCUUCCUAAGAAAGCUGGUCUUGAGAGAUGUGGAAAGAGUUGUCGACUUCGAUGGACCAACUACCUUCGACCAGAUAUCAAAAGAGGAAGAUUUUCAUUUGAAGAAGAGGAAGCCAUUAUUCAGCUCCACAGUGUGUUAGGCAAUAAGUGGUCAGCAAUUGCUGCUAAAUUGCCAGGAAGGACAGAUAAUGAGAUAAAGAAUUAUUGGAACACCCACAUCAGGAAGAGGAUGCUAAGGAUGGGCAUUGAUCCCGUGACCCACACACGUCGGUUAGACUACUUAGACCUUCCUUCCCUUUUCGGCAACCACCCCUCUAUCCUUCAGAACUCCUCUGAUCAACUCAACUUGUUGAAAUUACUUGGUUUGCAAAGCCUCGUCAAACCGAACAAUCUCUUGAGCCUUGCUUCUCUUCUCUCAAACAACCAAAACCAAAACAUUCUUUUACAAAAUCUUCAACCACAUCAAUUUUCCAACCCUUCUGAUCAAAUAUUGUCUCAAAACCAAUUUAUAAACAACAACAAUAAUCAAGUUCAGAACACUAUACCAACUUGCUCCGCUAUGAUCACACCAUCACACAAUACAGUUUUCGACGAAACCAACCCAAUGAAGUCAAGCUUAAACCAUCAGCAACAAUACCCAACAAAUUAUUCAAAUUCGAAUGAGCACCACUUUACAGCCGCACCACAAACUACUCCUUUGGUAAAUGAUCAGUGGCAACAAAACAGUAAUUCUGCAGGCUUCAGUUCAGAAGCAGCUGCAGUAAAUAUUCAAGACAGUGGCAAUUACCAAGCAUUAAUGGACUCAUUGUUAGACACCUUGGGGUUAAACUCGGCUAAUAAUAAUAACAUGAGCAACAAUGACGAGGGUUUGAAGAUGCCUUCGUUGUUAUCCACGCCUAGCUCGAGCCAGCAGACACCGCCUUUGAGUACUUCUAACUCGGCGUAUCAGCCCAACAGCAGCAGUACUACUACUACUACUAGCAGUGAAGAUGAGAUUGAUAGUUAUUGUCAGAAUUUGAUGAAUUUUGAUGUAUCUUUUGAUAUCUUUGAUAAUAAUGUUUUAUAAUAAUGUUUUGUGUUUGUAGUAGCUAGCUUAGGAGAUCAUGUCAGUUUUGCUUGAUGUAUUUUUUUCGUUUUCGGUACAGUUUGUAAACAGAUAAAUUUUCUUUAUUGUUUCAUUGAAUGAGUUUUAGUUAGUGGUGAUUUUAUUAUUAUUUUAAAUAUAGAACAAAAGAAAAAGAAAAAAAAGCACAUUAAUUUUGUUCAUAUACUCGCAAAGAUAUAGAUGGGUCAUGACUCAUGUCUGCAUGUUUUUAACUUGUAAUGU